GUGAGAACUACGGACGUUGUGUGACAAGUGUUGACAGUAGUUUUGAUAUUUCCCCCGUUUCUACGUUGAACAUGGCGUUUAAAAUACGUGCUGCAACUAAAGAAGACUGUAAAGAAAUAUUCCGAAUGAUAACGGAGUUAGCAGUUUUUGAAAAAAUGCCAGACCAAGUGAAAAUAUCGCAUGAAGAACUGGAGAGCAGUGGUUUCUGUGAGAAUCCACUGUUUGGGUGCCUCGUGGCAGAAGUACCUGAGGAGCAUAAAUCCAAAGAAGGAUUCACAGUUGUCGGAUAUGGACUUUACUUUUACACUUACAGUACCUGGAGGGGGCGGGCAUUACAUUUGGAGGAUCUGUAUGUGAUGCCAGAAUUCCGAGGACGUGGCAUAGGCAAAAGUAUACUGAGCAAAGUUGCUGAGGUGGCGAAAAAGAUGCAGUGUGCACGCUUGCAGUUGUCUGUGUUGAACUGGAAUACUCCUUCUCGAGAUUUCUAUGCUGCUAAAGGAGCUCAGGACCUCACUGCCGCUGAAGGCUGGCACUUAAUACGAUUUGACGGACAAAGCCUUGAUAACUUAGCAAAUGAUGCACCUAAAGAUUAGUGUUUUUUCUUGAAUGGGUUUCAGUGGCAUACUGCCGGUCACUGGGGUCAUGGAGCUGAAUCACUGCCAAAACCAAGAAUAUAAUGUUUAACAAAAUGUCCAGUGAUUCACAAAGUGACCUUGUGGACUUUGCAAAUAUAAACUACCAUUCAUAAACAAAUGCAUUUUUGUUUUUCAAAGAUAAAACUUACAUGAGAGACAAACAACAUUUCAAAAAACAUUUCCUGCAAGUGCUUGAAACUAUUAUUAACUAUAUAUGAAAGAAAUUAAUGCUUUAGUUUGUGAAUGGUGUUUUAUAUUUGCAAUGAACAACGUUCUCUGUUCUCUGUGAAUUAUUGGUUAUUUGUAAAACAUGGUCUGUUCGUAAUUUAGCUCCACUGGGUGAUCAAUGUUGUGUCCAGUUUCAUCCAUGAAUAUAUCAUGAUAUACUGUAUAGACCUAUAUAUUUCAAAUAAAAAAGCUUUAGAUU